AGAGAGAGACUCUUCUUGAUCCUUUUUCCUGACGUGGUCUGUCAGGACUCCGCCCCCCCUCCCCAAAAAAAAAACAAAACAAAACACAAGGAAGAAUUACAAAGCGGUUUCCGAGCUCCGUUGGAAGACCUCAGCGGCAAUCCCCAGGGGUGGCCAGUGGGCAUGGUUUUGGAGGGUAGCUCCGAGGCGCUGUGUCCCCCCCCAUCUCUGGAGCUGCGCCCGUCCUGCAACAAGAGCCAGCCCUCGCCUCCCCUGGGCUCCAGCUCUCGGCUUCCGGACGGAGUCUUUCCUGAAGACAGGGAGCCCGUCACGUACGGCGAGCUCAUCGUCUUGGGGCACAAUGGCUCGCUGGCCAGCGGGGACAAAGGUCGCAGGAGGAGUCGCCUGGCCCUUUAUAAGAGACCAAAAGCCAACGGGGUCAAACCUGACGUCAUCCACAACAUCUCAACACCUCUUGUGUCCAAGGCACUCAGCAACAAAAGCCAGCACAGCAUCUCGUACACGCUCUCUCGCAGCCACUCUGUCAUUGUGGAGUACACGCAUGACACAAACACAGACAUGUUUCAGAUCGGCCGCUCCACCGAGAGCAUGAUCGACUUUGUGGUGACGGACACCUCUGGCGGAGGCGGGGGCAGCGGUUGCGCCGCCGGGGAGGGGGUCGGAGGUCAGUCGGCGCAGAGCACCAUCUCCCGGUACGCCUGCCGAAUCCUGUGCGAGCGCAGCGCCCCCUACACGGCCCGCAUCUACGCCGCCGGCUUUGACUCCUCGAAAAACAUCUUCCUGGGGGAGCGCGCCGCCAAGUGGAGGACGUCGGACGGCCUGAUGGACGGCCUGACCACCAACGGCGUGCUGGUCAUGCACCCGGCGGGCGAGUUUGUCUCCGAGUCGGCUCCGGGAGUCUGGAGGGAAAUCUCCGUCUGUGGCAACGUCUUCGCCCUGAGGGAGACCCGAUCAGCACAGCAGAGGGGAAAGUUGGUGGACAACGAGUCCAACACCCUCCAGGACGGCUCUCUGAUCGACCUGUGCGGGGCCACGCUGCUUUGGCGGACCCCCGGCGGACUGCGCCACACGCCCACCCUCAAACAGCUGGAGUCCCUGCGCCAGGAGCUGAACGCCGCUCGGCCUCAGUGCCCCGUGGGCUUCAACACGCUGGCCUUCCCCAGCCUGGCGCAGCGCGAGAUCGUGGACAAAAAGCAGCCGUGGGUGUACGUCAACUGCGGCCACGUCCACGGCUACCACAACUGGGGCUACCGCAAGGAGAAAAGCCCCGCCGGCCACGGGGGCACGGCCCCGGCGGCCACCGGGGAGAGAGAGUGCCCCAUGUGCAGGCGGGUGGGCCCCUACGUGCCGCUGUGGCUGGGCUGCGAGGGGGGUUUGUAUUUGGACGCGGGGGCGCCCACUCACGCCUUCUGCCCCUGCGGUCACGUUUGCUCCCAAAAGACGGCGGUGGGAUGGAGUCAGAUCCCGCUACCCCACGGGACGCACGCCUUUCACGCCGCCUGCCCGUUCUGCGGGACCUGGUUGACGGGCGAGCAAGGCCACAUCAAACUCAUCUUCCAGGGCCCCGUCGACUGAAGCAAAGUCACCAUCUUAACUUAAUGGGAAGGGCACUCCGACGGACAGGAAAGUGGAAGCCCAGAUCGAGGCGGCACGUGGUACAUCGUGUGUAUAUGCAGAAUUUGUAAAUAAAUUGUGUUGACAUGA